UUCAAAUUUAUUAGUUGCAACGUUUUUGUUUGCUCAGUACCUUGCCAGAACAUGAAUAAAUCAUUAUACGAGGCCCUCAGAUCCAAUGAUCCCGAAACAAUUUCGAAACUACUUGAAACUGCUUCGCUUUCCGCUAUUUCAAGCGUCUACAACCAAGUGCAACUCAGGAACGUUCCUUUGUUGCCAGAAGUGCAACUGCUAGUGGAAUCCCAUUUGAUAAAUCGACAAUUUAUGCAAAAGAAAUCAUCAUUACUGGUUAACCAACAUUCGAAUUUCGAAAUAGUUAAAAACCAUUUGGAAUUUUUAUGUGAGUUGAUUAAAAAGUUUCUGGAAACUCAUAAAGUUGUUUCGGAGAUGCAGGUUUUAUAUCACUUGAGGCAUAUUGCUCAACAUAUGACGGUUGUGAAGAGGGAGCUCGAUUUUAGUUAUAAACUAUUACCUUGGGAGGAAAUUCAGUUUUAUAUAUGCCUGUAUUUGUUUAACGAGCAGAACCACGAAAGCACCGAUGCUAUUUUCAAGUUUUUUAUUAAUAAGGCAACGGUUUGUAAGUAUUUAAACUUAUUUUGGCACGAACUGUGCAAACUAAAAAGUGAAUUUACUGAGAAGGAUUUAGAAGCAAAAAAAGUCGUGCUAAGUCGGAUUGCAAUGAGGGAAUCGAUUCUUGCUAAAUGCGUCCAGUUUAAGGAUCUUCUGGAUGAUUUUCUAUUAGUGCGAGAUAUAUAUUCCUUAAAUAAAAUAACCCGUUACAUUAAUAAAGCUUUAGAGGUUGAUGUGAAUGAACACGGAACUGUAGCCUACUUAGUGAUAGAGCGAGCUCUUCAAGUCGCAGGUGAAUAUUUAAAAAACACAGCAGAUUCGCCGAACCUUUCCGAACAUUUGUACAAAUACUUGCUGAGAUGUUCGCCAAGGAAUUUGAAAAAUAUACUUGUUAACGUAAGGAACAUGUUGUCCCAUAGCUUCUCUUUAAACAGGAAAAUCAACAUCGAAGAAUCCGAGUUCUUUAUUAAAAUACAACAUGACUUGAAAAAAAUCAAAAAUGAUAUUUUAUACGUUUUGUAUGUGCAAAAAAUUGGAAUUCUCAGGACGUUUUUGACCAGGUUAUUAAAAUUUGAACAUUUCGAGCGAUUGGGUUCUAUUGAGACCUUAAAUAGCGUACACGAAGUGGAAGGUUUUGACGCUUCAGAUUUCCAAAGGACCAAGGAACUUAUUACGGUUUUCUGCGAACAGGUGCUCGAAGAUAGUGAUGAAGAUGCCGACAUGAUCAAUGAAAUAUUCGAUUCUCUGAAGAAAUACGAACAUAAAAAUGUCAGUAUUAGUACGACGUAUUUAACAACUAUUAAGGAAAUCUCGGACCUGUUUAAUGCUCAUCAAGAUUUUAAGACGAUUAGGAGAAUCAUUAGGACGCACUUAAGCAUGCUCUCGACACAAGAACCUCAUAAUCUAUAUCAAGAAGUCUUCCUAAAAAUCCGUCAGGUAGCAGACAAUUUCAAAAAGAGACGAAACUACGACCCGGACGAUUUUAAGAGCCCCGACGACAAAUCGAUCAACAUAAACGGGAUACUCAACGAAAUUUACAAUUACAUCAGGUGGAGGCUACCCAAGAUCAAAUGGAUGGAAGUGAUGGAGAGCACGUUAGUUUUUAAGGAGGAAAAGGAGGAAAAAUUAGUGCAAGUAGAACAUAUACUGCGACUAGUGCAAGAAAAGACCUUAAAUCAAGACAUAGAAUUAGCUAUAGUUAAAUCCAAGGAAGUUCACGAGGCGAAAUCUUCACUGAUGGCUUAUGAAGGGUUAAACGUCGUGCAGUUCAAGGAAAACUUGGAAAAAUUAAAUUUGCCCCCCAAAAGACAGGAAGAAAUUUUGCAGCAGCACGCCAAAAAUAAACGCGAUAAAAUUUUAACGGCAAUCAAAAAGGUAAACGACAGUUAUGGCACCCUAUUGAAAAACCUCCCUGAUAUGUUUCCCACGCAAAAAUACACGCAAGUUAUUAUUGAAUUUUUUAAAGGUCUUCAACUGAAAAAGACUCUGCUUAGUAAAGCGACUGAGGCCGUCCAGUUAGUGAUCGAGGAUCAGGUUAAACAGUGUUACAAUGCAAGAUUAAAUGCUUUAGAAAUCCUAUUAAUAAAUCAACCGAAUGAGUUAGAUAUGAUUGCCUUAGAGAUGCUUAUACUGGACUUACUCGAAGUAUUAGAAAAUCUAAAAUUACUACAUGACAAUAGGACGUUACUUGCCGAGGAACCAGUUAUCUUGAUGGGCAAACAAAUGCGAAACAUCACCACACAUGGGGACCUUCUAAUGGACAUUUUACCCGGAAACAUUGUGCACUCGAUGAUGUGUCAUGGCAAAAAACUGCUUGAAAUCGGGUUAAAUAUAUUAGAAUUAACCGAUGUAACUAUUGGAUUAAAAAUCCAUAAUCCCGGUUUUAAUUAUAAAGAGCAUUUUGAUAAAAGUAUUGCGGUUGUUGCUAAUCAGGCCAAGCUGUUUGAGGCAGCGGAAUCCGGAGAUACUGAGGCUUUUAACGAGGCUCUACGACAAGGAGCAGACCCUUUGGGUUUAGAUUUUAAGAAACGCCGUAUAAGGGAUGUUGCAAAUAUUUGCCAAAGUCAGACAAUGUUAAGAGAAAAGAAUACAAGUGAAGUACUCUUCGAUUGUAUCAGACUCGGUUUGCUGGACACAGUAAAAUAUUUCUUCAAUUACAAAAGCGAGUUGUUCAAUGACCACUUGACUGAGGCACUGGAAUUGGCUACGAAAUACGGUCAUCUGCACAUUAUCUCAUAUCUUUUGCAAAUAUUUCAUAACCGGAUUGACACAGAACUCUUAUUACGGACAGCGUCGGUGUAUGGCCAAUGCGAAAUAGUGCGAGCACUAAGCAGUAAUGAGAACCUCAAGGAUCUGAUGCAUUUAGCAGCGAAACACGGACACGAUGAUCUAAUAACCUUUUUCCUCAUUAACAAGAACAUCGAUCCGAACCUCACUGAUAACGAAAUGCGUACACCUCUUCACUGGGCUUCAUACAACAAUCACACGAAUGUAGGUGAGGUGCUGUUGCUUUCGAAAAAGUGCAACGUGAAUCUACAAGACAACCAAGGGAUGACCUCACUACAUUUGGCCAUACGAAACGGAUGCCUCGAUAUGUUUGAUAAAUUAAUAAAUUUAGGCCAGGCGGAUUUAGGUGUGAAAACUUUCAAAGGGGACACCGUGCUACAUUUGGCCGCACAAAAUGGUUCUUGUGAGUUAAUUGAGGCGUUAGUUCAAAGGUAUAAUAUAGACGUGGACAUUCUCAACGCGAAUGAAGAAACCCCUUUAAUCCUCGCCGCAUUUAAUGGACAUCACGAAGCGGUCGAGUGUUUACUGAAAAACGGAGCUGAGCCGAAUCAUCAGAACCGCAGCAAAAAUGAGAUCCAAGAUUCCGCGAUGAGUCUGGCAGCGGCACAAGGAAACAUCGAAAUCGUGCAGCGUCUAAUUAACCACAAGGCGAACAUCGACAUUGAAGAUCAGAAGGGUUGGAGACCGUUACACGUUGUAGCUCAGAACGGAUACGUUGACCUUUUAGACUUGUUUCUGACUCAUAAAGUUGAUAUUCAUGCCAAAUAUAAACCGGGGGCGACCGCUUUACAUGCGGCAGUUCGUAACGAGCAUGAAGACAUCGUGAAAAAAUUGAUAGACAAGGGUGCGGAUGCCACAGCGUUCGUGCUGGAUUUGAACGUUUUGCGUGUGGCGGCUUUAGUUGGAAACGAGCAGAUCGCUUCGAUUUUAUUGGCUAAAGGGGUCCAAAUAGACGAUAUGGGGUCUGAUCUGGUGACCCCAUUGCACGCGGCAACUUGGAAGGGUCAUAAACGCUUGGUGGAGCUGUUUUUACGCGAAAAAGCCAAAGUGAACGCUCAAACGAUUGAAAAAUGGUCUGCGAUACAUUUCGCUGCCAAAUUCGGUUUCCACGAGAUCGCUCGCGUUUUGUUGGCUAAUGGUUCAGAUCCACUUGUAACAAUCGAUACUGGAUGCAACGCGUUCCAUAUCGCUUGCGGCGAGGGCCACGUGGAAGUUAUGCAACUUUUGUUGCAAUACAAUGUUGAUGUAAACGUGCGAUGCUCCGUUAAAAACUCAACUGGGUUGCACUGGGCUUGUGCCAAUAGCAGACUUGCGGUUGUGGAACUGUUGCUCCUAAAUAAUGCUGACGUGAAUAUUGUUACGACUGAAAACAGCACUAUGCUGCAUGAAUUAUGUGCUCAAAAACAUUAUAACUCUUAUUCAGUCCCGAUUGCUAAAGCCCUUAUUAGCCAAGGAGUCCCAAUUAACGCCAAAGACAUCAAAGGGGCAACUCCGCUACAUCUCGCUUCAAUCAAUGGCAAUCUGGCCCUUGUCCAAAAAUUAUUAGACAACGAUGCGGACAUAAAUGAGGAAACUGAAACUAGAUCAGCAUUAAACCUUGCAGUGGCUAUGGGGCAUGCUGAAGUGGUUCAGUUGCUUUUAGAGCACGGUGCCCAAGUGAAUAACUUCACCAUUUAUAAAAGAACUUGUCUUCAUAUUGCAGCGGAAAAACGUUGCAAGGAUAUUGUGCAACAUUUGCUCAGAUACAACGCAAACGUGAAUGUUGCCGACGGUAAUUUAAUGACACCGUUACAUUGGGCCGUACAAACGGGUGCCGAGGAUGUCGUUAAAUUACUCUUAGAUGCGGCAAAUGCGCGUGACAUAAGAUUUAGAUUGCCUUUGGAUAUCGCGUUUGAACAUAAUCAUGAAUCAAUUGCGCUCACUCUCAUUCAAGUCACCACUAUUAGAAACUCCGAAAAUCAUUAUUUACGUAUGGCAUGUCAAAAAGGUAUGAAUGAGGUGGUUGAAAUGUUACUGCAACAACACGCUUGUGAUGUUAAUGAGAGUGAUGUUGCAACAAAAAAUAACCCUUUAUUGGAGGCUCUCCUUAAUGGUCACAGUCCUAUUGCAGAUAUUUUACUAAAAAAUGGGGCCAGUGUGAACGUUUCUACCCCCCAAGGGUUGACGCCUCUACACUUGGCUGCCGCUCAAGGUUUCGCCCAAACCACUUUGGAUUUGAUCAAAUUGAAGGCGUCUGUAGAUGCCCUGACAUGCCAACAAGAGACUCCUUUAUAUUAUGCUUCGCUACAAGGAUUUGACAACAUUGUAGACACUCUUGUUAGUCACGGGGCUGAUGUACACAUUGCCACAUCUCCAGAUGGUUUUACUGCCUUAAGUGUCGCAGCCGAAAAGGGGCAUUUACAAAUAAUCAAGAACCUUAUACAACAUGGAGCUGAUGUGAAUAUUACGAAUGCCGAAAUGUUCUCUCCGUUGCACAUAGCAACUCUUUUUAACCACGUUGAUUGUGUUGGUUUUUUAUUAAAUAAUGGUGCGAAUAUCAGGGGCAUCACGAGGAAAGAAUAUAGUGCACUGCAUAUAGCUGCUUUAAAUGGUUGUUUGGAGAUAGUGCAGUUGGUGCUUUCUAGAAUAGAAGGUGAUGAUGAGCUGAUUUAUUAUCUUAAUGAGGAUGGAGAUACCGCGUUAGAUUUGGCUUUGAAAGGAGAGCACUCAGAAGUUGUCAGUAUUCUUAUUGAAGUUAUAACGAGAAAUGUUGAAAAUGGCUUAGAAUUAGAUUGAAUUUGACCAGGGUUACCUAUUUUAUUGAAUAUUACGUACUCUAUUUCGUAACUUUUAGAUGAUAAUGUCCAAGAACAACGUUCGCUCUUCAAGGUGACCACUUACUUCAAAGUCCAAUAUUUCAAAAACUAGUUGAAUUAUUCUCAUGAAACAAAAAGCAUAAUAUUCAAGAGAAUAGUAUUUACGAAUCUUCUUUAUGGUGUAAUCUGGUCCGAGGAACAGUUUUAGAACUACUGAUAGGUUCAGGUAAUAAUGCACAGUAAUGAUGUUUGAUCUUCAAGAUGACCACUCAAAGUACAAUAUCUCAAAAACUGGUGGGAAUAUUCUCACGAAACAAAAAGCAUGAUAUUUAGAUUCAUAAUCUUUUUAAAUGUUCCUUAUGAAGUCAAUUAAGUCAUGAAAUAAUUAAAGACUUACCAAUACUUACUACGUAAUUAUUACUACGUAAAUUAUAAUGCUCAAAAACGUCGUUCAGCCUUUAAAGUGGCCACUCACUUCAAAGUCCAAUAUCUCAAAAACUACUGGAAAUAUUCUCACGAAACAAGAAGUAUAUUAUUCUUGAGAAUAUUCUUUAUAGAUGUUCUUUAUGAAGUAAAUUAAAUCAAGGAAUAAUUAAAUAAACAUCGUCACUUUUAGAUAAUAGUUUCCAAAGACAACGUUUGCUCUUCAAGGUGAUCAUUCACUUCGAAGUCCAAUAUCUUAUAAACUACUGAAAAUAUUCUCAUAUGAUGAGCUGAUUUAUUAUCUUAAUGAGGAAAGAGAUACCGCGUUAGAUUUGGCUUUGAAAGGAGAGCAUCCGGAAGUUGUCAGUAUUCUUAUUGAAGUUAUGACGAGAAAUGUUGAAAAUGGCUUAGAAUUAGAUUGAAUUUGACCAGGGUUACCUAUUUGGUUGAGUAUUACGUACUCUAUUUUUGAGUCAGAAAAGACAAUAAACUUUUCACGUAUUUAGAAGAAAAAUGUUCUAAAUGAAUUAUUCUUCAGAUUUUUUAUUUUUCGAGCUUGGAUUUUUUAUCGAACUUUUAUUUUGAUUCUUUUGGUUACUCAUAUGGCUGUACUCUGGUGCACACAACAAUGUAGUGCCAAAUGGAGCUCCAGAUUUGGGUGCAGCAGCAAAUGUAGUUUCUAGAUUAUCGGAGAUAAUUCCCAAGCACAAGAAUCAUAUCCUUUAUUUUGACAACUAUUAUACCACAUUG